CCGUCGACCGACGUCAGUGCAGAGUCGCCUUGCCGUGGGUCAGCGGCUUAGGUAGUUUCCUCCCUUCAUUCACGCGCCUCCCAACUGCCAUCAGAGACUGAGAAACAGGAAGUCAUGUGUUGUGAUAAUCAGUAGCGUGAGACAGAAAGAGAAAUAGCAUGGGAUCAGGAGCGAAGGAGUGAGUUUUCAAGUGGACAAACACAUAGAGCACCUUACCUCCCCACAGAGCGCUGUAAUCAAUGGCAACCUCCGUACAGACUCUUCCUCUGACCCGUGGCCCCAACAAAGACUUUCGCAACCACUUUCCGGCGCCGCCUCUCUCCCCGCGUUGCGGCAUGGGAAGCGUGGGCAGUCUGGUGGAGAGGCCGGACGUGUCUCCGACCAAAGGCGGCCACGCCGCGCCUCAGGUGAGGCCCAAGCAGACCAACGGACUCCUCAAGAAAGGCUUCACCCAGAGGGAGCUGCUCAACUACCUCAACAUCACCAGAAAAGAGCCUAAAGCAAACCCGUGCAGUGACGGCAAGAAGGACGUUAUCGGUGGCCGUGAGGAGGACAAGAUUUACCCAAAAGUCUACAAUAAAGACGGCACCGAAGUAGACUUGACAAAGAACUCACUACCAAGUGGGGGCAAGUAUGAAAAGGCUCGUUUCAGGUCGUCCGCCUUCAAGCCUGUCACCCCCAAGAACUUCAGCUCCAUGCAGAACCUCUAUCCGUCUUCCAAGUCGGACGACGUGGAUCACGGCCUCUCGAACGGGCUGCACAGGGCGUACGCUCACGUCCCCAAAGCCGUCUCCACUUCGUCCUCUUCCUCCUCGCCCUCCCGCCACGGAGCACCGACGUCAAGUGGCAACAAGGCCCUGUCCUCGGUGCGUGGGAUGAGCCAGGAGGAUGAUAACCUGUCAGACUCGGGUCAUAACUCCAUGAGCAGCCUGCCGCCGUACAGACCUCCCUUCCGCCCACACCUUUCUAACAUCAGUGCGUCUAUGGGCCACAUCAACACCAUCGGCUCCUUGGACCGCCUGAAGGCUGCGGGGUCGGGGGGCGUGGCCAUGGGGGAGAUGGCGUGUCGAAGCAUGGCCACUCUGAGCCGCUUGGCUCCGUACGGAGGGGAGGCUCCACCUCCUUAUGAAUGGACGCUCUCCGUGUCUGUGGAGGAAGUGGUGCGGGAUCUGGAGGAGCGCCUGGUGGAGAAGGAGCACGAGCUCAAGCAGAUGAAAAGAAACCUGGAUGAGAGCGAGGGCGCCAUCGCCCAGGUGUUUGAAGGGAAGCAGCGCCUGUGGGAGAAGGAGGUGGAGGAGCUGAAGCGGCUGUAUGCCGCAAAGCUGCGUCAGGUUUCCCAGCAUGCCCAGCGUUCGCAGCGCAGCUUGCAGUUGCAGCUGUUCAGGGUCCAGCAGGAGAAGAGCCGACUGCAGGAGGAGCUCGAUGGCCUUAAAAGCAAAAUGCACCAAGAGCCUGGAGCCAUGCCAAAGCCGACCAGUCCGACUCUGGAGGAGACGCAGUGGGAGGUUUGCCAGAAGUCAGGGGAGAUCUCCCUGUUGAAGCAGCAGCUGAGGGACUCCCAGGCAGAGGUGACCCAGAAGCUGAGCGAGAUCUUCCAGCUGAAGACGCAGCUCAGAGAGACCCGGACCGAGCUGCGCAAGAAGGACGGCCAGAUAGACACUCUCAAGCUUGUCCUGCAGGGGACACAGCGUCGCAGAUGUCCCUCUCAAAUUGCACAUGAAGAUGGAAAAGGAGCUGAAGAGAGUCAGUCGGCAGGGGCAACAGGAGGGAGCGGGGGCCCCACAGAGGAGCGCCUGCGUGCGGAGCUACUGCUGGAGCGACGCCAGAGCGAGGCCCAGGCGAUGGCCUUCGAGGAUGAGAGGCACACGUGGCAGACAGAAAAGGACAAGGUCAUCCGGUAUCAGAAGGAGCUGCAGGCCAGCUACUUGGAGAUGUACCACCGCAACGAAGCCCUCGAGAGGGAGCUGCACCAGCUCAAGGCGGGGCGGGAACGAGGGGGCGGGGGAGCGGGAGGGGGAGAGGGGAGCAGAAAUGGGACAUUGGAGAGAGAAGCACCAGAGCUGAAAAGCGAAAGGGCGGGUGGAAAACAAGAGGACACGCCCUCCCCUGGGCUGCCGUGGAUAGAGAGAAUCGAAUCCUCUGAAAUUUGAAUGUGACCGACCUGUUUGCGAUGCAAAUAGUUCUCAUGCUGAAGUGCGGCUGCUAUGGAAGACAAUGUCUGCCAGGAAAAGAAAAGAAAAUAGUCAAUAUUAUGAAUCAAGAAACAGAUUACAGCCAAUGCUGGAUACUACGGAAGAAUAUUAGGGCCACCCAUGAGAAAAAAAUUAGAGGAAGUAGAUUUUUUUUCAUCAUUUUCUUUGAGAAAAAAGUCAAAAUUUCAAGAAAAAGAGCGAAAAAAGUCAGGAUACGCUCCCUCCCUCAGCGGACAAGGCCACAGUGCGUGACAAUAUUCACACCACUGCUGACAUGCAGCAGUCCAAUAUAAUAUAUCAGCAAUAUACCUGAAAAAAUAAUCACAAUGCAAUUUUAAAUUCUUAAUAUUACUUAUUAAUAUUCUUCUGCGGAGGAGCAGCAGUACCAUACACAUAGGGUACUGCUGGUUUAAAGGUCUGCUUUCUACUUUUGACUUUUUUUAUUGAAAUUUCAACUUUUUUUCUCGAAAUUUCAACUUUUUUUCCCCGAAAUUCUGAAUUUUUUCUCAAAGUGCGUGAAAAAAUAAAAUCUACCUCCUCUAAUUUGUUUUCUCAUGGGUGGCCCUAAUACUCUUCUGUAGGAUACACAAUAGUGGAUUUAAUGAGAUACUGUGUUGAAUAAUUAAGUUCUAAUUAUCAAAUUAAAAUACUUUUGAACAGUGCAAAAUUUACUUUUUCAGAUACUUUUACAAUAAUUUGUGAAAUAUUGUGAAAUGUUUUGGCAAAUUUAACCGUCAUUCAAGGCUUUUAUUGAUUUAAUUUCUUUUUCUGGCAGAAACAGGCUCCCGUAGGUUCCCAUCCCUUCUCCAUCAUCUGCCCUCUCACAUUUGUUGAUUGUUUAAAGCCCGUGCUCUGCAAAGACUGAACCCACAGCACUGUCACCUUGCCGUGCCACAUCUUUUCUAUCCCGUAAAUGUACCGAUCAACUCCCCCUAGACCGUCCUGCUUAAGACAUCUGUACAAUUACAAACGUGUAAACGAGCAAAGCUGAUAAUGCGACUAUUUUGUGUUUAUUUGCUGAUUUGAACUGCUGUGUGGAGUCUUGACGGUAACCAAUAGGAUUCAGGCGGAUUUAGCGCGGUUCAGUGACAUCUUGGCACGUGUUCGGUGUGUGCAGGCAGAUUCAGGGUUCACCUGGGAAAGAAGCCGCCUCUCUGGGUUAAGUACUGAGGAUUAAAGCUAUCCGGUGCCAAGGUAACGAACUUUGCCAUCAAGGAAACUGUGUAACCUAAGCUGGAAACAAUGGACGUAAUCGAGUUUCCAGUCAGGUGAGAUUUAUAUAUAUAUUUUGUACAUAUUUUUUGUUCAUUUUUAUUUGACUGGCCUUUUGUCGUUGUAUUCCAAGCACACUGUUGUCUUAAACGUGUACACCAGUGCAACAGAUGCGGACGACGAUUCGAUUGUGAUCCUCCUGCUUAUUGGUGCGAUCUGUUGCACACAUCCGGCCAAUAACAAAUGCAAAUGCAUGACGUAGGUGAAAAAAUAGUUCUCUCGUACUGUUUAUUAUUAAUAUAUGAACAUUCAAAAGCCAGCUCUCGACUGACCUUUCGAUAUACUGUGACUCCUGUCUAUUUACUGGAAUUAAAACUGUACGAUAUAAAAAAUGUUUGUUUUACAGCCA